AUGACUAACCAGCCGCUAUCGAUGCCAUUCCACCAUGUGGAUGGUGCAAGUCAGAAAAAGAUUCCAGACAUGGCACAGAACAAAACCGUCCACACUGACCAGGCCCUAAACACCUGGAUCAAAAUUCAACAACUUAGAGAUGGCGGGAAGGUCCUUUUAGACGGAUCAGAACUUGAUAUCGCCAGCGUUAUUGCCGUUGCUAGGUAA